AUGGGUAGCUAUGAGAAAGAGCAGCAACGUCUGCAAAAACUAAUGGACGAGAUGUUUUCCGAUGAAGAGGCCGAUCCUUUUGAGGCUUCCUCAGAUGAAUAUGAACUUGAUAGUUGGCAUUCAUCGUCUUCAUAUAGCUCGAAAGGCAGUGACGAGCCAUUAGUAAAAAAGAAAAAAACAGUGGAUCAUCCAAUAGCAUCUUCUGAUGUUGGCAGAGAAGGUACUAGUAGACAGCUUCUUACCAGAACUGAUGAUUCAUCGUCUUCUCAGAAAGUAACUCAAAAUGAUUCAAUUCUGGACACCAUAGAAGCGGUUAUUCAUCAAUUUCAACUGGACAGCUCAGAUGAAAAUGAGGAACUGGUUCCAUCACUGAUGUGGCAAGAAGUUUCUGGGCAAUAUCUCAAGGACUCUCCGAUUGACAUUCCCGAAAGUGGUGUUGUAAAUGCUUUAUUUGAACACGUUGACAAGUCUCCCAUUUUUUCUUCAAGUUAA